AUGCCGGCACAAGUACUCCGUGACUAUCAUACAUACAGCGAACAACGGCUCCGAAGUGUCGGCGAUGCUGCCGUUGAGCGAGGUCAGCAGACCUUCAGCGAAGCGCGAGCUAAUCUGGACAGCUCCAGGCUUUCCAUGGCAGAGCAGCCUGCACUCAAGCUCCAGAGCCCAUCAGGCGACAUCCUCUACGAGGUCUACAUGAACCGCUUCCCAACAGACCUAGAAUCUCAUCUCUCAGGUGUUCUCACUCGACUUCAAGUGUUGAACCUCCCCUUCCAACAGCAUGUGGACGGCUCUACUCUUGUUCUCGUUGCUACUGUUGACGGUGCACGAGGCACCGCCGCAACGGCGAAGGGACGAUAUGUCCUCUCCGGCAGCUGGGAGUCGGCGCGCGGUCGUUGA